UUUGCGUCGGUGUCAUCGUCGUCUUUGCUUUCUCUGGUCACUGCUAAAGCAGCGAUUUUUAACAGUAGAAGGGCGGAAAUGAUCGCUGAUCGUCGAUUUUAUCGAUGUAAUAAUGGCGAAGCUGUGUCUUUUCUAUCCGAUCUCCCGAUUUUUGAUUGAAUUCUUAGUUACCAGUCAUUGUUUUUCUUUUGUUCGAUUUUCGAUUCGUUCAGCUUUAGCUUUAGAUUGUAGGUUAUGAGUCGGAAAUGAACUCGUUAGCUAAUUUGCGAGUCAAUGAUCCGAUUUUUUCUUCUUAUAAGCUUAAAAUGAGCUAUUAGCUGCUGAUAAGUAUUGUAUUGUUGGCUGUCGAGCUGUUCAAGUUGCAGUUUUUCGAACUGCUUUAGGGUUUUUUCCCCAAACCUUUUCGUCGUUCUAUUUUGAUUGUGGAAUGGUCACUGAGAGCCCUCUUAAAAUGUUGUCUGACAUGGGGAUGCGACCGAUGAUCGGGAGCAACGAUGGAUCGUUUGGAGAGGAUUUUGCGAUGGAGUUAGGCCUCUUGCUUCGGGAGCAACGACGGCAGGAGGCAAACGAUAUGGAGAGGGAGCUCAAUCUCUACAGGAGUGGUUCUGCUCCUCCGACCGUUCAGGGCUCCUUGACCGCUGUUGGAGGUCUGCUCGGACAUGUCGGGGGCGCGUCGCUUUCAGAUUUUGCUGGAAGCAAGAGCGCCAACGGAUUCUCCGAGGAACAAUUCCGUUCUGAUCCAGCUUACCUUUCUUAUUACUACUCUAACUUGAACCUGAACCCCCGGCUACCGCCACCUUUGCUAUCUAAGGAAGAUUGGCGAUUUGCACAGAGGCUUCAAGGCGGAAGUUCAGUGAUAGGAGGAACUGGAGAUAGAAGGAAGGUGAAUCGAGCUGAUGAAGGGGGAAAUAGAUCGCUCUUCUCAUUACAGCCUGGGUUUAAUUCGCAGACAGAAGAAAACGAGGUUGACCAGAGGAAUCCACAGGCAUCUACGGAGUGGGGUGGUGAUGGGCUGAUUGGAUUGUCGGGAUUAGAACUAGGGAGCAGACAGAAGAGCCUUGUGGAUAUUUUUCAGGAUGAUCUGGGACGUGCAACACCUGUCCUUGGCCACCCUUCUCGCCCUGCCAGCCGUAAUGCCUUUGAUGACACUGUGGAGGGGCUAGGUUCUGCUGAAUCCCAGUUGGCUCAUUUGCACCACGAAUUAGCUGCUGUAGAUGCUUUGCGGUCUGGUGCAAAUGUUCAGAGCAUGUCUGGGGCCCAAAAUAUUGGUGCGUCAAAUUCUCAUAGUUUUGCGUCUGCUUUAGGUACCUCAUCAAGAAGUACAACUCCUGAUCCUCAGCUUGUUGGUAGGGCUCCUAGUCCUUGCCUUCCACCUGUUGGAGGGGGGUGGAUCAGUGCAACAGAUAAGAGAAAUGGCAGUGGUCAUAACUCAUUCAAUGGUGUUCCAUCUAGUAUGAGUGAUUCUGCCGAUCUUGUAGCUGCUUUGUCAGGAAUGAGCCUGUCAACAAAUGGUGUGUUAGAUGAAGAUAAUCAUGGGCGAACACAGGUUCCACAUGGUAUUGAUGAUCAUCAUGGUUUACUAUUCAAUCUGCAAGGUGGUCCGAACAGUAUUAAGCAGAACCCAUACUUGAGAAGAUCUGAGUCUGGGCAUUUACAUCUGCCUUCCAUUCCUCAGGCAGCCAAAGGGUCGUUUCCUGAUUUGGGUAGAAGCAAUGGGACUGGGAUGGACUUGAAGAACUCUUCGGUGAUAGCUGAUGCACAAGCUGAGCUGCAUAAACCUUCUGUGUCCUCUGCUUACUCAUACAUGAAUGGUCCCUCCACCCCCAUUCUUAAUAGUGCAGGAGGUUCUCCUUCACACUAUCAGAAUGUAGAUGGCACAAAUUCUGCAUUUGCAAAUUAUGGUUUGGGUGGUUAUCCCAUCAAUCCAGCAUUGUCAUCCAUGAUCACGGGUCAGCUUGGCAGUGGUAAUUUGCCUCCAUUAUUUGAAAAUGUUGCUGCUGCAUCUGCUAUGGCAGCCCCUGGCAUGGACUCUAGAGCAUUUGGGGGAGGUUUGCCUUCUGGAACAAAUUUGACCAAUGCAGCAGAAUUGCAAAAUCUCAACAGGAUGGGGAGUCAAGUGCCCCUUGUGGAUCCAUUGUAUCUUCAGUACUUAAGGACAGCUGAGUAUGCUGCCUCACAGGUUGGAGCUCUUAAUGACCCUUCUAUUGAGAGAAACUACCUUGGGAAUUCAUAUGUAGAUUUACUUGGCCUCCAGAAAGCUUAUCUUGGGGCAUUGCUCUCACCCCAGAAAUCACAGUAUGGAACUCCCUUCCUUGGUAAAUCUGCCAACCAGAAUCCUGGCUACUAUGGAAACCCUCCUUUUGGUCUUGGCAUGUCAUAUCCUGGAAGCCCGUUAGCAAAUCUGGUUCUUCCCAACUCUCCUGUUGGACCUAGUAGCCCUAUUAGGCAUGACCGAAACAUGCGUUUUCCUCCUGGGCUGAGAAACUUAGGUGGGGGUGUCAUUGGAUCCUGGCACGCGGAAGCUGCUGGGAACAUGGAUGAGAGCUUUGCAUCCUCACUUUUGGAGGAAUUUAAGAGCAACAAAACCAAAUGCUUUGAGCUUUCAGAAAUUGCAGGUUAUGUUGUUGAAUUCAGUGCUGAUCAGUAUGGGAGCCGAUUUAUACAACAAAAACUUGAAACAGCGACAACGGAAGAGAAAAACAUGGUUUUCCAGGAAAUCAUUCCCCAAGCGCUCUCUUUGAUGACUGAUGUUUUUGGCAACUAUGUUAUUCAAAAGUUUUUUGAGCAUGGAACUGCAUCUCAGAGAAGAGAGCUGGCAAACCAGCUCAGUGGGCAUGUUUUGACCCUUAGUCUUCAAAUGUAUGGUUGUCGAGUGAUACAAAAGGCAAUAGAAGUUGUAGAUUUGGACCAACAGACUAAAAUGGUUGCAGAGCUUGAUGGUCAUAUCAUGCGUUGUGUACGUGACCAAAACGGGAAUCAUGUCAUCCAGAAGUGUAUUGAAUGCAUACCUCAAGAUGCUAUUCAGUUUAUCAUUACUUCUUUCUAUGAUCAAGUAGUUACACUUUCCACCCAUCCCUAUGGCUGUCGUGUAAUACAGAGAGUACUGGAGCACUGCAAUGACCCAAAAACACAGCAAAUCAUGAUGGAAGAGAUUUUGCAAUCUGUUUGCAUGUUGGCUCAGGACCAAUAUGGAAAUUAUGUUGUCCAGCAUGUACUGGAGCAUGGAAAACCACAUGAGCGUUCUAUUAUAAUAACGAAGUUAGCUGGCCAGAUAGUUCAAAUGAGUCAGCAGAAGUUUGCCUCUAAUGUUGUGGAAAAGUGCUUAACCUUUGGUGGUCCUGCGGAACGUCAGCUGUUGGUUAAUGAGAUGCUUGGCUCCACUGAUGAGAAUGAGCCUCUGCAGGCAAUGAUGAAAGAUCAGUUUGCAAACUAUGUUGUACAGAAAGUGCUGGAGACUUCUGAUGACCAGCAACGUGAAUUGAUUCUAUCACGAAUAAAGGUUCACUUGAAUGCCCUGAAGAAGUACACUUACGGGAAGCAUAUAGUUGCACGUGUAGAGAAGCUUGUUGUCGCUGGGGAGAGGAGAAUUGGUAUUCAAUCUCCAUACCCCGCUUAGAUGGCAUCUGAAAGUUGUUGUACAGCUAACUGAGGCUAGUGUGAGCUCUCUCUCUCUCUCUCUCUCUGUCCUCAAUCCCCAACUUCUCCCGUUGUCCAGCUAUUGCUCUGUCUAUUUAGAAGAUACAGGCUGAUUGGAAAUAAAAUUGUCGCUUGUACUUAAAACUGUACAUUGUGUAGUUUGAGGAUAUACCUAGAUUCAGGCAAGCUGAGGCUCAGAUGAAUACAUCUGAUGCCCAUGCGGAGGAGAUAAAAUGAGUGUACAAGUUUUUUAAGGGUGUAAAGAGUUGAAAAAGAAAAAGGAGGUAGUGAAUAUGUUAACUUGACUGUACAAAUGUCACCAUGUGGAGAGCCUUCAGUGUUAGGUGAGGCCAGAAAUUUUCUUUUAAUUUAUGGGACAGAUUUUUUCCCCCUCUUUAUUGGAGCACAAUUUUCUUUAGUUGUUCAGUCCUGUAUUUGAAGACUUGGCUGGCAUGGUUAAUUUUUUAAAUUUUUUCUUAAGCA